GUGUUGAUCUUUGAUGGUCUGGAUGAGUGUCGACUUCCUCUAAAUUUCCAGAAGAAUGAGAGAUUGUGUGAUGUGACAGAGUCAGCCUCAGUGGAUGUGCUGCUGACGAACCUCAUCAAGGGGAAUCUGCUUCCCUCUGCUCUCCUCUGGAUAACCACAAGACCAGGAGCAGCCAAUCAGAUCCCUCCUGAGUGUGUAGACCAGGUAACAGAGGUACGAGGCUUCAGUGAUCCUCAGAAAGAGGAGUACUUCAGGAAGAGGAUCAGUGAUCAGAGCCUGGCUGAUAACAUCAUCACUCACCUGAAGUCUUCAAGAAGCCUCUACAUCAUGUGCCACAUCCCAGUCUUCUGCUGGAUCUCAGCCACUGUUCUAGAGAGAAUGUUGGGUGGAGCAGAGGGUGGAGAGAUCCCCAAGACUCUGACUCAAAUGUACACACACUUCCUGAUCUUUCAGAUCAAACACAAGGACCAAAAGUACCAUCAGAAAUGUGACCCUGAUCCUCAGCAGACCAGAGAGAGUAUCAUGGCACUGGGAAAACUGGCUUUCCACCAGCUGGAGAAAGGAAACCUGAUCUUCUAUGAGGAAGACCUGAGAGAGUGUGGCAUUGAUGUCAGAGAAGUGUCAGUGUACUCAGGAGUGUGUACCCAGAUCUUCAGAGAGGAGUCUGGGCUUCACCUGGGGAAGGUGUUCAGCUUCGUACAUCUGAGUGUUCAGGAGUUUCUGGCUGCUUUAUACACAUUUCUCUCCUUUAUUAGCAGAAAUGUAACAGAACAUCAAACCUCUGAUCUGUCUGAUCUUUUCAGGAAGUCAAACAUGUCUGAUCUCCUCAGGAGUGCAGUGGACAAGGCCUUACAGAGUGAGAAUGGACACCUGGACCUGUUCCUCCGCUUCCUUCUGGGUCUCUCACUGGAGACCAAUCAAACUCUUUUACGAGACUUAAUGCCACAGACAGGAAGCAGAUCUCACAGCAAACAGGAAACAGUGGAGUACAUCAAGGAGAAGAUCAGGGAGAAUCCAUCUCCAGAGAAAUCCAUCAAUCUGUUCCACUGUCUGAAUGAACUGAAUGAUGAUUCUCUAGUGCAGGAAGUACAAACUUACCUGAACAGAGGAGGUUACAGUCGUCUCAGUGACACCAGACUCUCUCCUGCUCAGUGGUCAGCUCUGGUGUUUGUGUUACUGACCUCAGAACAGGAGCUGGAUGUGUUUAAUUUGAGUAAAUAUGAUCCAUCACAUGAAGGUCUUCUGAAGCUGCUGCCAGUGGUCAAAGCCUCCAGAAAAGCUGUGCUGUGUGACUGUAAUCUGACAGAGGAAAGCUGUAGAGUUCUGUCCUCAGUUCUCAGCUCAAACUCCUCCAGUCUGAGAGAACUGGAGCUGAGUCACAAUAACCUGCAGGAUUCAGGAGUGAAGCUGCUCUCUGAUGGGCUGAAGGAUCCACACUGUACACUGGAGAUACUGAGGAUGCAGCUCUGCAGUAUUAAAGAUAAAGGUUGUGCUGCUCUGGCUUCAGCUCUGAGGUCAAACUCCUCAUCACACCUGAGAGAACUGGAUCUGUACUUUAAUAAUCCAGGAGAAUCAGGAGUGAAGCUGCUCUCUGAUCUACUGAAGGAUCAUGAUUGA